AUGAGGCUGUGUAACCGCGGCAUGAUGAUGCUGCUGACCACGGCGGGGGCUUUCUGCGCCUUCAGCCUCAUGACCAUCGCGGUGGGAACGGACUACUGGCUGUACUCCCGCGGGAUGUGCCGCUCCAAGAACCUGAACGACAACGAGACCGUCCGCAAGAACGAGGAGGUCCUGACCCACUCCGGCCUGUGGAGGACCUGCUGCACGGAGGGGACUUUUCGGGGCGUUUGCAAAGACAUCGAUCACUUUGCAGAAGAUGCAGACUAUCAGCAGGAUGCUGCAGAGUAUUUACUACGCGCAGUACGGGCCUCCAGCCUCUUCCCCAUCCUCAGCGUGGGACUGUUAUUCCUCGGAGGUGUAUGUGUGGCUGCCAGCGAGUUCUACAAGUCACGUUACAACGUCAUCCUCUGCGCUGGCAUACUGUUUGUCUCUGCAGGUCUCAGCAACAUCAUUGGCAUCAUCGUGUACAUAUCAGCCAACUCAGGCGACCCGAGUCAGAGCGACAACAAGAAGAGCUACUCCUAUGGCUGGUCUUUCUAUUUCGGAGCUCUGUCCUUCGUGCUGGCCGAGAUGGUGGGCGUCCUCGCGGUGCACGUGUUCAUAGAGAAACACAGACAGCUGCGUACGAAAGGCCGCUCGUCCCUCAUUAAGCCGCCCAUCUCUCGCAGCUCAUCCUACUACCGCAACCGCUACUACCACAACCGCUCACGCCGGUACAGCUACAGGAGCAACCACAGUGCGGGUGACCCGGCGGUCUCACAGUCCUUUAGAGCGUCCCUGGGGCGAGACCGAGAGCCGUCCAUCUCGGCUGAAUCCAAAACCAUGGCAGGUUUGCCGACAGCAGUGUCAGUGGGCUCAGACUUCAUGCUCUACACUUUGGCCUCGCCUCUCAAGGACGGUAAGAUGGUUGACAUGGCCGUGGAUGAUUUAACGACUGCAGCAGCUCACAACAACACGGAGAUGCUGCCUGGAAACUGUGCUGCCAACAGGAGGACCACACCUGUCUGA